AUGUCUCUAUCUACUCGCGCCGAGAAGGUAGCAGCCGCCAGUGGAGAUCUAGACCAUUUGUGGGCGAUCAUCCAGAAUAUUUGGGAACCCGACGGGAACCCGACGGGCACAGUAAGCCUGGGCCUCGCCGAGAACUCGCUGAUGCACGAUGAGUUCUCAAAGCACCUGCACAAAAGCCUCAACAUCUCGAACCAUUAUGCAUUCACCUAUGGUGACGGGCCCACGGGCACUCGCCGGGUCAAGGCUGCCAUGGCCCGGCUCCUGACCAAACAUCUCAAAACCGCCAAGCCCAUCGAGCCGGCGCACAUUGCCGUCACGAACGGGUGCUCCAGUGCCAUAGAACACUGCCAGUGGGCAUUGGCGAACCCCGGCGAAGGUUUCCUCCUGGGCCGUCCUUACUAUGGCACCUUCGUCCCGGAUCUGACCCUCCGCUUCGGCGCCAAGCUGCUCACUGUGGCGUUUGACAACGUGGAUCCGGUAGGCGAGGACUGCGUGCGCAAAUACGAGGACGUCAUCCUCGAGGCGCAAAGGAACGGACAGGGCGUGGCCGGCCUUGUGAUCAGCAACCCGCACAACCCCCUCGGUCGCUGCUACUCCCGCAAUGUCAUGACCGCGCUCAUGAGGCUCUGCGAGAAGUAUCAGCUCCACUUCAUCAGCGACGAGAUCUACGGGCUAUCAGUCUUUGAGAACGCAAUCGACAAGAGUCCCGCCCCUGUGCCUUUCUGCUCGGCGUUGGCCAUUGACCCAGCGGGAAUCAUCGACCCCGGUCGUGUGCACGUCCUAUGGGGCAUGUCCAAGGACUUUGGAGCCAAUGGUUUGCGGAUGGGUGCUAUCAUCUCUCAGGGCAAUCCCGCCUUCAUAUCCACCAUGGGCUCUGUCGGAUUAUACUCGUCGACUUCUUCGCUUUCGGAUCACGUCACUGCUAAUCUGCUCGAGGACGAGCCCUGGGUGGAGAACUACAUCAAGGAGAAUCAGACCAAGCUCGGCCAACAGUACGAGAAGAUUGUGGCGUGGGCUCAGAAGAACGAUAUCGAGUACGCUCCCGGCGUCAAUGCUGCCUUCUUUCUGUGGGUGAAUCUGGGCAAGGCGUAUCUAAAGCAUAAGCCCUCAGCGGCAGCCGAAGAUCUGGACAAGGUUGUGACCGAAGCUCUGACCGCACAGAAGGUCUUCCUCGCUUCAGGCGUCGGAUUUGGCUCCGAACAGCCUGGUUGGUUUAGAAUAGUUUUUUCGCACAAGGACAGGUAUCUAUUCGAGGGACUAGACCGCAUCGUUGCUGCACUGGAGACAUAG